GUAAGGAAGCCGACAGGGACCAUAGGCGCGGCCAAUCAGCGGCCACGAGCGAGGGUGAGGCAAGCCCGCCUCCCGGAUGAUGGGGGUGGGGUUCUGCAAAUGACGUUAGGAGGCUCUGGGCAGUUAGCGUAGACGCCCUCGGUCCUCCGUCUGAUCUGGCAGCUUCCGGGUGUUCAGCUGCGGCCAUUUUGAGCUUCGCUUCUUUCGGCGCUCGCCCGCCACCCAGCCCUUCCGCUCGCGUGUUACACGCCUCGGUGGGGCCGCGGUCUCCGGAAACGCCGCGGCGGCCGCCUGAGGGGUCCGGUUUAUGGUGGAGCGGUCGCACACGGGCUAGGGCGCCUUUCCCCGUCGGGAUGGACGUAGUCGCGGUCGCCACCGCCUGCGCGGGCCGCCGGGCCGUGCGGAGUGCCGCCCGCUGCGGAAGCCGCCACUCUCUGGGCCUCCUCUCCCGGGGCGGGGAUCGGCCUCCAGUAGUGGCUCCGUGGCUGGGAAAGGCUGUGUAGGCCUCGGAUCCCACGCGCUCUGAACGCCGCUGAGCUCUCCGUGCCCCUGCCUGAGAAGCUGCCAAGGAAAGGAGAUGGAGCCGGGAACGCACGGGGCUCGAAAGCGGGCUGCCCCUCGGAUGGGCUCCUGGUUCCGGCUGCCCUUCCUGCGGCGCUGGCACGCCUGCUCUUCCGAGUUCCUGAAGCCUUCCUCUCGGGAAAACUCCGGGGACCCCGUACUGCCUGCCUCCGCCCUGCCCACCCCCGGCCUGCCCAAGCCUCGAACCAGGUACUGGACCAAAUUGCUUUCCCAGCUCCUUGCACUGCUCCCUAGCUUGCUCCAGAAGCUACUUAUUUGGAGCCAGCUUUUCGGUGGCAUGAUUCCUACCAGAUGGCUAGAUUUUGCAGCAAAUUACAGCGCCCUGAGAGCUUUGAGAGGACGGGAGGAACCUGCCGCUCCCACGGUCCAGAAGUCUUUGAGUUCACUGCGGCUGGACUCUUCGGAAGACUUGGCUGCCAGUUCCCUUGAUUGGCUAGAGGAGGGAUUCCAGUGGCAGUGCUCAUCCUCAGAGCUGGAGUUGAACUGUAAAGCUCAGGAAAGAGCUUUAGACUCGACAGCGCACACUUUUCUCCUGGAGCAGCAGCUGUGGGGAGUGGAGUUGUUGCCCAGUAAUCUUCAAGCCGGGCUGGUCUCCCACCGAGAACUCGGCUCUUCAUUUUCUGGGCCUCUCAACACUCAGAGCUUAGGCAAUUUCAAGGUAGUUUCCUAUCUACUGAACCCUUCCUACCUGGACUGCCUUCCCCAGUUAGAGCUACGCUGUCAGAACAGCGUUGGAACUGGCCACCUUGUGGAUUUCCGAACACUACCCCCAGAGAGCUGCUGCCUUUCAGAAGAUGGUUUUCACCCCCAGCCACUGCGUGCAGAGAUCUCUGCAACCGCAUGGCGAAGGUGUUCUCCUCUUUCUACUGAAGGCUUGCCAGAAAUCCAACACCUUCGUAUGAAACGGCUAGAAUUCCUUCAGGCUAACAAAGGGCAAGAGUUACCCACCCCUGACCAAGAUAAUGGCUACCACAGCCUGGAGGAGGAACACAGCCUGCUCCGGAUGGACCCACAGCAAUGCACAGAUAGCCCAGCACAGGCGGUGUCCCCUGCUGGAGCCAGCCAGGAGGCCACUGAGGAAAAACUAGAAUUGUUGAUUCAAGAAGUUUCACAAAGCCCCCAGGGAAGCAGUCUGGCAUUCGAGUUAACUGUGGAAAAGGCAUGUGAAGAGCACCACAGUAGUGUAGCUGACUGCUUAGUCGUAGAGGAUGACCUUCCUAUUUCUGCCAGACCAGUUUGUAGCAACAAACUGAUAGAUUAUAUUUUGGGAGGUGCCUCCAGUGACUUAGAGACCAGCUCCGAUUCAGAAAGUGAGGAUUGGGAUGAUGAGCCUGAGGAUGAUGGUUUUGAUAGUGAUGGCUCCCUGUCUGAAUCAGACACAGAACAAGACCCUGAAGGGCUUCACCUUUGGAACUCUUUCUACAGUGUAGAUCCUUACAAUCCCCAAAACUUUACAGCCACAAUCCAGACUGCUGCUAGAACUGUCCCCAGAGACCCGUCUGAUUCAGGGAAGUCCUUGUCUGACAGCUCUGAUCUAGGGAGUCAUCAGGCUGAAUUCCCUCCCGAGACCCCUGACCACAGUUCUGGGGAGGAAGAUGACUGGGAAUCCAGUGCAGAUGAAGCAGAGAAUCUUAGGUUGUGGAACUCUUUCUGUAAUUCCGAGGAUCCUUACAACCUUUUAAAUUUUAAGGCUCCUUUUCAAACUUCAGGGAAAAGCUGGAAAGGCUGUCAGGACUCAAAGGCAUCAUCUGAGGCCAUGGUGGCCUUUUCUGGGUGUCAUAACUUACUUUCUUGUAAGGUGCAACUAUUAGAGAGCCAAGAAGAUAAUUGCCCAAACUAUGGUCUGGGUGAGGCUCUUUCUGGAAAAAGAUACACCCAUAUCAAGAGAAAAAAGGUAACCUUCCUUGAAGAAGUUACCGAGUAUUAUAUAAGUGGUGAUGAGGAUCGCAAAGGACCAUGGGAAGAAUUUGCAAGGGAUGGUUGCAGGUUCCAGAAACGAAUUCAAGAAACAGAAGUUGCCAUUGGCUACUGCUUAACAUUUGAGCACAGAGAAAGGAUGUUCAGUAGACUCCAGGAACAUGUUUCAAAGGACUUACUGUUUGUUGUUCAGCAAUGUUAAGACAAGUGAACAGCCUACAGUCCUGGUCCGCACUAUUUCUUACUUGAGAGAUUUCUCUUAAAAACAUACUGGCAGUUGUCUUUGGACAUGGUUUUAAAGAAACAACUUGUAUCUAGUGAUGUAGUUUAAUUAUUUUUUGGGUAAUGUUAUAUGUCUCAUUAGAAACACCAACUCCAAUAAUGAAGGAUCUCUAAUCUUUAAUCCUCUCUUUUCAACUAUUAGUUGGGUGUGGGUUUUGUGGUUUUGAGAUGGUCUCACUAAGUAGUUCUGGUUGGCCUAGGUCUUUGUAUGUCAACCAGGCUGGUAUCUUCUUUCCUCUGUUUCCUGUGCCACCGUGUUCAGCUGGAUAUGUUUUUAGAUACUCUCUGGUUAGUUGAGAUGAAAGGGACCCUUUGAAUAGUAAAUUUUGCGCUUUCAAAACUUCUGGAGACAGAGGCCAGCCUGGUUUACAUGGUCAGCUCCAGGCCAGCUAGGGCUAUAUAGUGAGACCUGUUCUUUGUUUUGCCUUUUUUUUUUUUUUUUUUUUUUUUGUUAUUAGAGACAGGAUUUCUCUGUGUAGCCUUGGCUGUCCAGGAACUUGAUCUGUAGACCAGGCAGGUCUCUAACUUAGAGAUUCACCUGCCUCUGCCUCUGCCCCUCGAGUGCUGGGAUUAAUCUAGGCAUGUGCCACCACUGCCCAGUGAGACCUAGUCUUAAAGGACAAACAAGUUUCUUACAAGGCCUGUAAUUCAAAUUACUUUGGAGACUAAGGCAGGAGGCUAGGAAGUUCCAGGUAUGCCUGGAACUCAAGGCCAGCUUGGGUAGUUUAGCAAGACCUUUUUCUUUUUCUUUUUCUUUUUUUUUUAAUAUUCUUAUUGAAGACUUUGAAGACUAUCUCCCCAAUCCCUACCCCAGACAGGGUUUCUUUGUGUAGCCUUGGCUAUCCUGGACUUUAUAGACCAGGCUGCCCUUGAACUCACAGAGAUCCGCCUGCCUCUGCCUCCCUGAGUGCUAGGAUUAAAGGUGUGUGCCACUGCAUGGCUAAGACCUUAAAAUCAAAAUGGAAAAGGAGGCUGGGUAUACAGCUCAGUAGCAGAGGGCACUUGCCUGCGUGUGCAAGGCUCUGGUCAUUUCCCAGGACUGUAAACAACAACAACAACAAAAUAAUGUCUUGGGGUUUAAGCUUAUGGGGUUUAAGCCUCUUACUCAGUUCUAACUUAAAUUGUGCAUACUGAUUUAAAAAACUUUGGGUUCGUAAUGUGCUCUUCCUAUUCUAAAAGUAAUGGAUUUUAUGUUUACCUGUAUAUAUGUAUGUCUGUGCUUCAUAUAUUUUAAGGUGGGGGAUUGAGGUAUGGUCUCACUGUGGCCUUGAGCUCAUAGCAAUCUUCUCACUUCAGCCUCCUUAGUGUUAAGCUAUGCUUGCUUAACUAUAUAUAUAUAUAUAUAACUAUAUUUUUUUUAACUUUUAUAAAUUUGACCUGUUAUAUCUUAAGGCUAAAAUUUGUUGUACAUGCUUCACGUACCAACUUAAGAGACAUUGUUGUGUUGCUUGAAAGCGUGUGAUAGAUUUUUAAAAUUUUUUUAUUUAAAGACAUGGUCUUCUGUGGUCUAGGCUAGUCUUGAACUCACUACUUAGCCAAGAUUGACUUUGAAAGAUCCUCUUGUUUUCUUGCUUGGAUUGCACAUCUGUGUGCCAUGUACCCAGAUUUUUUUCUAUAUGUAGGUCUAGUUAAGAUACUUGCAAGGACCACCACAAACCCACAAGUGCAGUACUUUCUUAACUGGGAAGGCCAUGUUGCUGUGCUUUUUAAAGGCAUACCCAGCUUGUCUGCCAAACCUUAACAUCUAGUAUAUUCAGUUUCUAUGCAAACUGCUUUCGGAAGGUUUUUGUGUGUUGUAAUUCCAGUUGUAGCUUUCAAAAAAAUUGUAAAGCACUCUAGGAAGUACUCAUUGCUGUAGGCAUUUUUUUUUCUUAAACUUAAAAACCUAGAAUUUUCCUAGGAGAAAUAUGGGAGACAUCUCAGAAACUCAGUUUUGUUUUGUGUGUCUUUACAGAAAACCAGUGUUAUUUAUACCCUGCCUCAGCACUUGUCACUUUUCAAACCUUUCUUGGUGGCACUAUAAACUUAAAUUGGGCAGUUCUGAAUUUCAAGUGUGAAAUGUCAAAUACAAACUUAAAUGUCCAGAUUUAUUGUGUUCUGUUUUGUAAAGAGAGAAGCAAGGGUGAGGCUGUACUGAGAGGAAAGCAUAAAAUGUAGCUGGAAGAGCCAGGCAGACUUAGUGUCUUACCCACAACUUGCUUUUGAACAGAGUGCAUUAAUUAGGUAUGCUUGAUUUAUUCAGUUAGCUUUACCUGUGGUGUGUAUGCUAAGUUGAGGUAAUGUGUAGACACUUCUUUAGUAGUCAGUUCUUACUGUGUGCUUCCUGCCAUGAGUGAUGGGAACAUGCACAAGAGAGGUCCACUGGAUCGAUCAUGGGAAUGAGCUUUCCCAGAGGAGCUGGCAGGGUAACUACCUCAAUUUAUAACCUCCUGGUUAUUUCCGUUUGAUGUACUCCAAGGUUUGCCCUAGUGGUGAUGGUGUUCAUCCACACAGAGUACAACACCAGGAAAGCUGGUCUUAAUUUUUGCAGAACCCUCAUUUCUGUGUAUUUUAUGCACCUGCAUUUAGUGAACUCCAGAGUGUUUUACAGAGUCUGGUAUAGUUCUGUGGAAACAGGCUAGUUUAGAAGCUGUGUUGUUUAGAAAGCAGGAAUGUUGACUUAGGAAGAAAAACUGUGACAAUACAUAGACAUUCUCUUAAAACCAGACUGCAGCUUAACACUUGAUUUCAGACAUUUAGGUUUUGUGAUUCACACACUUGUAUAUUUGCAAGGAAUGGGACAUCUGUACAUUCAUGGGUGUUUGAAAUCUGUCCCAGCUUCCACCUUCACUAUCAAAUGAGUAAACAACUAAUAGUCUGGUGCUCUGGCCGCCUGCAGAUGUGGUCAGAUGGUGGCCCAGACAGAAGGGUCUUCACAAAUUGACCAAAGGAGAAAAAAAUUACUGUCAUUGUCAUCCCAGUUCCAGAUGUUAAGGCCACUCCUAAGGAAAGAACACCUCCAAAGGCAAGGCAAGGCAUGGCAGUUCCAGCUGAAUACACACUCAAGUCUUGCAAUGGUGCUUUAAGGAUCUGUACAGCAUGUGAGAGGCUCUGUACAGACGGGGGGUCUGCAUUUGUAAGUGCUGAAAUGUGGCAACCCUUCUGUAACUUGAAAUCAAAACUACCAGAUUUUAUUUUUUAUAAUUUAAGGAAGGUGGAGUUUGGGAAUGAGAUUUCUGAAUUGGCUUUUUCAGAUCAGUGAUUUCAAAUGUAACUAGUGGAGAUUUUAUAGCUCAGAUUAUAUUUGUAUAUAAUUAUUAACUAAUCUGUAAAUUGUAAUAAAUAUAUUUGCAACUAUUGAA